UACGGUGGCCGAGGAGGCUAAGAGUGCAUGCGUGAGUAACAUGGCUUCGCGCGUAGGGAAACGCGGUGCCGGGGGAGACGAUGAGCUGCCCCCGCUCCAGGCCGUGCUCAUCGCCGACAGCUUCAACAGGAGGUUUUACCCCGUCACCAAGGACCGCCCGCGGGCACUUCUUCCGUUGGCGAAUGUGGCUCUGAUUGAUUACACCUUGGAAUUUCUCACCGCCACUGGGGUUAAAGAAACAUUUGUCUUCUGCUGCUGGAUGGCAAACGAGAUAAAAGAGCAUCUGAGGAAUUCCAAGUGGUGUCGGGCUACCAGCUCCAAUGUAGUGCGCGUGGUGACGUCUGAACUUUACCGCUCACUUGGAGAUGUCCUCCGAGAUGUGGAUGCCAAAACCUUGGUGCGCUCAGACUUUGUGUUGGUCACAGGGGAUGUGGUUUCUAAUAUAAACAUUGAAGCUGCUUUGGAGGAGCACAGGACUCGGCGGAAGCUAGAGAAGAAUAUUUCAGUUAUGACCAUGAUCCUUAAGGAGUCCUCACCAGUGCACCAUACAAGGUGUCAAGAGGAUGAUGUUAUCAUUGCUAUGGAUAGCAAGACCAAAAGAGUGUUGUUGUACCAAAAAAGCCAGGACUUGAAGCGCUACCACUUUCCAACGAGCAUCUUCCAGAGUAAGGCACAUGAGAUGGAGCUGCGUCAUGAUUUGCUGGACUGUCACAUUAGCAUCUGCUCUCCCCAGGUUGCAGAGCUGUUCACGGACAACUUUGACUACCAAACCAGAGAUGACUUUGUUCGUGGCCUCCUUGUUAAUGAAGAGAUCUUAGGAAAUCAGAUACACCUCUAUGUGACUCAGGAAGAAUAUGGCGCUCGUGUAUCCAACCUGUCAAUGUAUGAGGCUGUAACUUCUGACAUCCUGUGCCGUUGGCUGUAUCCUAUAACCCCUGAGACGAACUUCACUGACCAGGAGGAGCAGAGUUAUACACACUCCCGUCACAAUAUUUACCGGGGGUCAGAGGUCAGCCGUGGCCAUGGCAGUGUCCUGAGAGAGAAUGUACUAAUUGGGAGCAACACGACAAUUGGGUCAAAAUGCAGCAUCAGCAACACUAGUAUUGGGAAAAACUGUAGAAUUGGUGAUGGAGUAGUUUUGGAAAACGUGUAUAUUUGGGAUGACGUUCGCAUUGAAGAUGAUGUUACGAUCAGAAAAUCUGUAGUUUGUAAUAAUGUUAUUGUGAAGAAAAGAGUGAGGAUUAAUGAACACUGUGUCCUGACCUCAAAGGUCAUAGUUGGCCCUAAUGUAGAUCUGCCAGAGAACACUGUUAUUUCUCUGCAUCAUCCAGAUGAGGAUGAGGAGGAUGAUGAUGAAUUUAGUGACGAUGCAGCGACUGGCAAAAAGGAGGAACAAUCAAAGAUCAAAGUAUACAACAAAGCAGAGGUUGGAUCGGAGGGUGAAGGUUAUGUGUGGAAGUCUUCGGCAACGCCAGAUGAAGAGGAGGAGGAGGAGGAGUUGCAGAAAAGCCUUUGGGGCCUCAAGAUUACUAAUGAAGAGGACAGUGACAGUGAGAGUGGGAAAAGUGUAUGCUCAGAGCAGACAGACAGCCGCCCAGCUUCCCCGCUUCUGGAUGACAUUAAAGUUUUUCAGAAUGAAGUUUUGGGAACGUUGCAGAGAGGUGUGGAAGAGAAUAUUUCCUGUGAUAAUCUUGUGUUAGAAAUCAACUCUCUCAAAUAUGCCUAUAACAUCUCACUCGUGGAAGUGAUGCAAAUUUUGUGCAAAGUGGUCCUGGAAUUCCCAUUGCAGCAACUGAAUGGAGUGCUGGAUGUGAAUCCUUACUGUAAUGUGGUACUACCUCUCCUAAAAAGAUGGACCCCGGUUUUCAAGAACUACAUAAAGCGUGCAUCUGACCACUUAUGCUGUCUUAGUGCUAUGGAAGAAUUCUUUUUGGAUCAUGAACCUCUUUGGGCAGCAACUGCAAAGGUUCUAAUGGGAUUUUACCAGCAGGAUGUGCUAGCAGAGGAGAUGAUUCUCCGAUGGUUUUCACAAGCAGAAAUAACUGAAAAGGGACGGCAGCUACGUAAGAAACAAGCACUUCAGAAGUUUAUACAGUGGCUGGAGGAAGCCGAGGAGGAAUCUUCAGAUGAUGAGUGAUAUGGAGAGUAACCGUACGUCCUACUCAAAUCUCAUAUGUUUUUGUUGGCUAGUCACCACUAUGAGCAACCGGAAUGCGAAGAGCUGCUUUGAGCGCAGGGGACAAUUUUAUUUACUCCAGGGCCUCUGUGCCACAAAAUGCAAAUACGCCAUUGAGCUGCCAAGGAUUAUUAAGACUGACUCUUCCACGUGAGCAUUAGUACCAUCAGGGUAAAGAUCAUCCGCAGGUUUGCAUAGUUCUUUUGUACUGCUGCCUCUGGACUUAUUUUAACACAGCCGUCUCUUAAACAUACGAUUUUGUAUUCUCUCUCACAUCUCAUUUACAAACAUCUGAAAUGUUGGUUCGGUGUCUCUGAUGACCCAUCUGUGAUCGUGGAUCUAGGGUGCUCUGUGCCGAUACCAACCUUCAAGGGACUAAAAUCUGAUGUGUUUGAGUGCAAAUAUUUAUUUGGAAAAACAAAUAAAGACUAUAUGGAUUGUGA